UUAAGAGAUACAAAAAGCACUCAGAAACGAUGGCUCGACGCUCAAAUGGAGGGAACAACUCCUCUGGUUAACGUCUUACCUUCUUGCUUGGCUCUUUGUGACUUGAAGAACGACGGAUAUUUCAAAUUAAUUGCCGCCGAGAUGUCGAACAACUUCGAAGGAAAGGCAAAAUUGAAGGUUUUCAAAGGAAUAACUCUCAUGAGUGAACGCGGAUUGCCUGGAUUUGCCUGUGGCGUGUCAAUUUUGUACAUUGACGAACACGAACCCAAAAUUCCGAUUAUUGCUGUUGCUUUGGGAUCUUCGGUGCUUUUAUAUCGAAAUUUGAAGCCAUAUUUCAAAUAUACGCUCCCGAGCAUGGAUAUCGAGCCUCUUGAACGUGAUAUUUGGCAACAAUUUCAAACUGCGGGGUCUGAAAGUAUCGCCGAAUUGUGUCAAACGCUCGCGAAUGGCUUGGAAACGAACCAAAUGACGUCAUUAUCGCAAAAAUUGUUGAGUUUACCGCCCGAAAAACGUCACGAUUUCAUAAAAUCCAACUUAACGACGAAACUGGAGCGCUUAUCGAACAUCACAGCGAUGACGACACUCCCGAAAAACUCGACAGAACCAAAAGCGACAAUGUGUUUGGCAGUUGCGGCGGAGUCGGGCGACAUUUUUAUCCUCGAUUCGACGGCAUUUACGGUCCUGCAACAAGCCAAAGUUUGUGCCUUUCAAUUGACGCCGGUUUUGGUCUCCGCCUCCGGGUUAUUUGACGUCGACUACAACAUGGUGAUCUCGACACGCGAAGGUCCGAUCUGCAUUUUGCGCAAAGGUUGGUUGGAAGGACAGCAAAUUAUUCGCUUGGAUCAUCCGGCGACGGGACUGGCUUUGCUCCCGAUCGAACAGACGAUAAUUGUCGUUUGCAUGGACAAAAGUUUGAUGUGUUACUCGAAACGCGGCAAGAAAAUUUGGUUUGUCGGAUUGACGGAACGCGCGAUUUGCAUGACGCACAUUAUUUUGCCGCAUUUGGGAAUCACGCUCGUUGCGGUUGCCUUGCAGGGAGGAAGAGUUCAGAUUUAUUUGCAGAAAAAACUCGUCGAUGAAUUUGAUGUCGAGGAAACUGUGAGUUCGAUGAUUUUUGGGAGACUUGGGCAGGAAGAACAUGUUUUGGUGCUCGUGACAAUCACUGGCAUCCUUCAAAUCAAAAUCCUCAAACGAACAGCACAAUUCAGCACAGAUUCCGCCUACGAUGAAGCUGUAGCGAACCAAUCUGCCGCCGUCAACAAUCUCCAAAUCCCCAAAAAGUCAAAAAUUUUCUUGGAACAAACGAUUCGUGAACGCGACAACGCUCCCGUCAUCCAUCAAGCUUUUCAAUCGGAACUUUGGCGAUUGCGACUUCAUGCGGCACGCGAAACGCUCGACAUCAUAACGUCAGCUGAAGGCUCCUUUUCGGGCGACGUUGGGCAAGUUGCGUUAAAACUCGCUGCCGAAGUGCUCGGAACAGGUCCGUUGUACAAACUUUUUCUGCAAAUCGAUAAUUUGUCGACGGAGCGGGAGGCUUUUGAACUUUUUUUGAUUUUGCAUGCGGAUCAUCGACAUUUUGAGUUGAACAGGAGUUUCACGUAUUUGCCGAUGAUAAUUCCGGGAUGUCCUGUUAAGAUGGACUUUGAUGUGUCGAUUGUGAUGGAUCCGCGAGAUGGAUUGCCGCCGAGUGAUUUGACGCCUGAGAAUGCAGUGAUAAAAGUUGUCAUUGGGAAGACGGGACAAGCGAAACCUGUAAUUGCGUCGACUGUGGUUAUUCCGUUAAUUGGGUUUUAAAAAUUAAUUUAAAGAAAAAAAAAUUAAGAAUUUUACGUAAAAUCUUAAAUUUAUGUAAAAAGUUAUUU